UUAGAAGACGACCUCACACUCCCCACUGUGCGCCAUGCAGCGGUCAACACGAUGCUCUGUGCUCUGGGCAUGCGCAAUCCUUUGCGUGUCAUCGGUCACGUGGACGGAUGCAUCCAAUUUUGAGACUUCCUGCUCAAAUGUGCGCUGUCCCAAUGGUCAAGUUUGCCUACGGAGGCCAGGAACAAGUAACCACUACUGUAUUAGAGUUGCAGUGACAGCCUCAACCAACCAAACUUUCAUCCCGGGAAGUGUAGAGGAAGAGUUUGGAGAGAACGAGCGUGCGAGGUCAUGCCCUGACCCGUCCCAGCUGCCGAGGUCAUGCGUACAGCAGUGCCGCCUACACGUGGACUGUCAACCCAACAUGGCGUGCUGCUCCAACGGCUGUGGGAGGAUUUGUGCUGCGGUGUCGCACCGUGUGAGGAAGCCAGGGUCGUGUCCCGACACCUCCCAGUCGCUAUUGUCGGGCCCAUGUCAGGACACUUGUCGGAGCGAUGGCGACUGUGCGGGGGUUGACAAAUGCUGCAGUCACACAGUGUGGCUCGCACUGCUUCGUGCCGUGCUUUCAUUGGCUGUCUGAUCAUCAGCGUCACUUCCGCCCUUGGACUGUGU